AUGGCCUCAAAUGGGGAAGCUGUUGUCUCCCAAGCUGAUAAAAAUGUUGAAAUGUGGAGAAUUAAGAAGCUUAUAAAAAGCCUUGAGGCUGCUCGAGGCAAUGGGACUAGUAUGAUUUCUCUCAUCAUUCCACCAAAGGACCAAAUUACUCGAAUUUCAAAAUUGUUAGCCGAAGAAUACGGCACGGCUUCAAACAUUAAAAGUCGUGUUAAUCGUCUUUCCGUUUUGAGUGCCAUUACCUCUGUGCAACAAAGGCUUAAGCUUUACAAUAGAGUUCCCACAAACGGCCUUGUUGUAUACUGUGGAACCAUUAUUACCGACGACGGAAAAGAAAAGAAAGUUAAUAUUGAUUUUGAACCUUUCCGACCAGUAAAUACUUCACUCUAUCUU